AUGGCAGAGUUGCCAUUUGGGGCGCUCACGUCACGCCCAUGUGAGCAAGCGGUGAGCCUCCCCUGCUCAGGGCACUCGCUGACGGCAGUGAUUCUGACGAGCAGGUUCCGAGUUUCUCCGUCGAUCCCGUUCUGUUUUGGAUUUAGCCAUGCCAGAUUGCGCAUCAGCAGGCACCACCGCAGCUCUGUUCCUCCUUUCUUUGUCGUGACGCCUCGUGCAACUUGCUGCUGCAGGUGGGAUCCGAACACGUCAGUGCUGCUGCCGGAGGGUGAGGUCUUCUACCUGGUGGCGCUGCUGCGGUUCUGCCCGGGCGGCGGCGCGGCGGUGGAGGAGCUGGUGGCGCAGAACGGUGCCAUCGUCGACGCCUGCCGGAGCAACGGCUACGACUUCAAGACCUACUUCCCGCACUAUGGCACCGAGGCGGACUGGAGCCACUUCGGCGCUAAGUGGGCCUGUUUCGUCGAGCGCAAGGCCAGAAGAUCUUCGCCAGGACACCUUCGUCGUCACGGGUCGAUCGAUCAUAGCUGUUGUUGGCCGUGAUGAUGCCGGUGGUGGUCAUGACGAUGAUGAUGGAGAUCUCGAUCGACAAGGGAUGAUAAUGAUGAUGAUUAAUUAUAGGGUUAUUACUCAUUAGGCACAUUGAGGGGAUAAAAGGGGCUCCAUGGAUGUUGUCAGGGGACUGUGAUAGGGAAGGGUUGCAAAGAAAACGAAACAUGUGAACUUUUCUUAAUCAGGCCCCGUCCCCUAAUUAGCAAUUCAACUAACUAAGUAAAUUAGUUCAUGGAAGCAUGCAUCAAGCCGUGAGCUCUAAUUCUCUUGCAAAAUAGUGUCUCACGAGAGCGACUCCUGCCCCACGUAUCUCUUUGUUAUUCCUUGGAAAUUUCUCACCUCAUCAUUCCACACGCUUCGCAUC